UAAAAAUAGCCUUGGUCAUACAAUGCUUAGGUGCCAUUUUUAUAUUCAUAAACCUUCCAGUGACUCUGGUUUUAGUUGAUUACACUGUAGCUCCUUUUUUUUCAAUCUUUGUAUUAACUAUAUUGUAUUCCUGGGUCACGUAUGUCACAUUAUAUACAGUUUUUAAAAUAGGAACUGUAUUUAUGAGCGAAGUUAUUCAAGAAGCAUGCAGGGCUGUUUUACAGUUUCCUCUACUGAUCCCACUAGCGAUAUUAUCUUCUGUAUUAUUGUGCAUGGUGUUAGGUUUUGGAUGCGGCGUAUUUGCUCUUUUAGUUACAAACCUCCAAUUUCCUUCAUUCUUUUUGAUACUUUGUCUCUGUUUGCAUAUAUACGGUACAAUAUGGCUUUUUUUGGUGAUAUUUUCAUUUAGCCAAAUGGUAUUUUAUGGUACGAUCAGUACAUGGUUUUGGACUGAGGACAAAUCCGCAAUCUCAAACAAUUCUAUUUUGAGAAAUUUGGCUUCAACCUUUAGAUACAUGGGGACAGCUGCUUACGGAUCUCCUGUUGGGUUUAUAUUUCCAGUGAUGAUUGAAUUUAUUAAAAAUUUUGUCAGACAAACAUACAAGCUUCGACACAAUGUUUUUAUAAUGAUUCCAUGUUGGUUGAAUAUAUUAAUGUCACUAAGAGGCAUCAGCGUUGGCGUAACGCCUACUUAUAGCCAGGGCUUCAAGAGAUCGGUGGACAGAGUUUGUCCAAUGUUGUUCCGAUACCCAUUGCGCUUCUACUCCAUAAAUAUGGCACUUUUUUGCUGCGCUAAGAUCUUGGUAUUAAUUUGUGGUUUAAUAGCUGGCACUUCUAUUUCAAUUAUUGGUAUUUUAGAAUACAAGUCCAAUGCGCUGCUUGUGGCAAUUCCCACUGCUAUGAUUUUAAGUUUUUUUGUGGCAUUGACAGUCAUUGCAGUUCUCAAUGCAGCUAUUACGACGAUUUUCCGUUGUAUUUUGGAAGAUUUCGAGAAGUAUCAAGAAAAUGAAAACAGAACGUGCUUCAUGAAACCCAGCAUUCUGCAUUUAAUGAUGGAUCCGAAUAAGCAUUAG